CAUUCAGCCUUAUUACAAAAUGUCCUGCGCAAAGUGGAUACUUCGUAAAAGUCCUCGCAUUAAAGUCGGACGGCUUGUCGGAGCAGUUCUCACCUCCUGCAGGUGCUUUCACGCCGAAUUAGUAAGGCACGAGUUCAGAGGACUUCCCAUAAUUCAUCACAGCAAGUAUGUGUGUGACCUUCCACCCAACCACAGGUUUCCAAUGGGUAAAUUUCCGCGGGUUUUACACUUUCUACUAAAAGACCAAGUCAUUACCGAGAGACAGGUGUGGUACCCUGAAAUUGCCUCCAAGGAUUUGCUGAGCUGCGUGCACACUGAGGAUUAUCUGAAGAACUUCAUAAGUGGGAAGAUAAAUGAGCAAGAACAGAGGAGGACAGGCUUUCCCUGGAGCGAAGGCAUAGUGAGACGCUGUCGAUAUGAAACAGGUGGGACUGUUCUCGCUGCUGAAGUAGCUCUGCAGAGGGGUCUGGCUUGCAGCACAGCAGGAGGAACUCAUCAUGCUUUUCCCAGCUACGGCUCAGGGUUUUGUCUCCUCAAUGACUUGGCAGUUGCAGCCAAAUACCUGAUGGACAACUCCUCGACCAAAAGGAGGGUUCUGAUUGUGGACUUAGAUGUGCAUCAGGGUGACGGCACUGCUUUCAUUUUUAAAGACGAGCCAUCUGUGUUUACAUUUUCAGUGCACUGUGGGAAAAACUUCCCCCUCCGCAAACAGCAGAGCGACCUGGAUGUCAGUGUGGAGGAUGGGCUAGAAGAUAAAGAGUAUCUUUCCACAGUUGAAGCUCACCUCCCCUGGCUUCUGGAGACUUUUCGUCCAGAUGUGGUUCUGUAUGAUGCAGGCGUUGAUCCUCAUUGGGAAGAUGAACUAGGAAGACUCCGUCUCACUGACCAAGGGCUCUUCCAGAGAGAUUUGUAUGUGAUGAAAACCACGCUCAGCAGAGGUGUUCCUGUUGCUACUGUCAUUGGUGGAGGAUAUUCAAGAGACAUUGACAAACUGGCCCUCAGACACUCCAUUGUCCACAGAGCAGCAACUCGGGUUUGGAGGGAAUGUGGAAUGUAAAACCUUCAUCUCUUGAAUCAAGAGGACCCUCGGAGCACUUACCACCACUGAUAGAAGAGCGUCUAAAAUCUGAUGACAGUUUACCAGUAGUAGCAAAUGUUUUAUGCAACACACUGUAUGAUGUAGCUCUGAUAGUAUUUCUACAGCUGCAUAAUUCAUAAUUCCAAAUUUUUUUCUCUACACAUCACCACAGUGGAAUUUAGCAAAGGAAGUGGAGUUGUGAUUAAAUUGUAGUUUGUCUUACAUUGCUUUUCUUUUUUUCUCUCUCUCUCUCUUCAAAGGCUCAAACUUGAGUGGUUGGUUGUUUUACAAUCAGACGUGGCCUGCAUCCUUGUUAUAUCAAGACAAAUUAAGGGAUUAAGAGUCUGGGGUAGAUUCCAAGUAUUUGAUUUGGAUUUGGUAGUUUCCAUGGGAACUCUGAAUAUGUGGGCCAAAAUGUGUAGAUGCAAGUAAAAGAGGCCAUCAUUUGACUGAAAAAAAAAAACAAAGCUGUUGGAGUUGAAACUGCAGGAGUGGCCAAAGAAACAACUUGGCACAUGUGGAGAGAGUGACAGAAUGUACUCAUCAACACAAAAAGGCCUGAAAAACAACUAAAGUGGAUGACAGCAGAAUUUGUUCUUUUGUGGAGAAAAAUCUUCUUUGCAGAAUCGAGCCAAGUCAAGAGCUCUUUCAAGGAGUUAAACCUGCCAUUGCCUGAGUCUGCAAUAAAGAUAAGCCAUUGCAGAGGGAAAGACAAAGGGUUUUCCUGGGGAUUAGAAAAGAUUGGAUUAGACUUUACCAGGAAACCUUUCAAAAAGUCUGCCCAUUUCCAGAACAAGAGACACUGGACAGAUGAGGCCAAUAUUAGCUUGAUAAGGGAAAGCUGGCAGUGUUAUCAGUCCAUUGACAGAGUUUAGAAAAACUUGUAUUUCUCUGGUAUAAUUUCUUCUGUCAAAAGCCACCAGGAUUUAUUGAAUUUUUGCUAUUGGACUUUGUUUUAUACAACCAGUAGCAGCUUGUUUAUUUUAUGGUUCCUUUGGGUUGGGAACAACUAUUGAUUCAAAGUCAGACCUUAAUCCCUUAGUUCUCUUAAAUUUUAGGCCAAUUUUUAAACAGGAAUUCCUCUCAAAAAUCCCAUAGAAAAUAUUUCAUCCAAUUAAAUGCAUUUUUAGAACAGAAAUUUUUGGUUGUGUGUUUCCAGUCUGGUUUUAAACCCCUACACAGCACUGAAACACCACUUCUAAAAGUUAUGACAUUCUUUUCACUACUGAUCUUGGUAUUGUUGUUAUCCUUGUGCUUUUAGAUUUGAUUUCUACUUUAGAUACAGUUGACCGCAGUAUUCUUAUUUCCCAUCAGGGAAACUGAGUGGGCAUUAAAUAUGCAGGCCUAGACUGAUUUUACUGUAAAGUUUUUGUGUUAACAUUGAUUUCAUGUCUUUUUCCAGCACCUCUCUUCUGGGGGGUGUCACAUGUUGAGGCGAUUUGUCUGUGGAAAAGAAUUUCCCCUCUGGGACAAUAAAGUCUAAGUCAUG